CAUUCCAUUUCAGUUGUCAGUCAGCUUUUAGAGGUAUAAUAGGGAAGGAAGAAUUAGAAGAAAAUGCUUAAUCCAGAAAUUACUAGAGAUAAUAAUGCCAGAAAUUCUGGUAAUGGUGUCGUCAUUUCCGGAAUCGCGGGCAGAUUUCCAGAUUGUGAUAACUUCACAAAAUUUCAAGAAAAUCUUCUAACGAAAGUUGACUGCGUCAAAACAACUACUCGAUGGGAUCUAGAUCAUCCAUGGAUACCGAAACGCAUUGGCCAAAUCAAUAGCCUUACCAAAUUCGAUCGGGUUUUUUUCGGCGUACACGAGAAACAAAUCCAAGUCAUGGAUCCUUCGGCGAGAGUAAUGCUGGAAAUUACUUAUGAAGCUGUAAUCGAUGCCGGAAUUAAUCCACGAGAAUUGCGAGAAAGCUCGACAGGAGUGUUUACCGGAUCCAGCUAUUCGGAAUCUGAAAAAUCUUCUUUUUAUAAGAGAAGUGCGAAAAACGGAUUCGGUUUGAUAGGUGCCAGUCGGGCGAUGUUGUCGAACAGAAUAUCCUUUUAUUUAGGAUUAAAAGGUCCUAGUAUCAAUUUCGACAGCGCUUGUUGUUCAAGUGGAAAUGCACUCGAAGAAGCCGUGCAAAUUAUUCAGAGUGGAGUAUGCGAUGCUGCAAUUGUCGGUGGGUCAUCACUCGCCUUGCAUCCGUAUUAUUCCCUCCACUUUUACAAGUUAGGACUCCUUUCUGACGACGGUUUAACGAGAUCGUUCGAUGCAAACGCAUCGGGGUAUAAUCGCAGCGAUGGCAUCGUUGCAAUAUUCUUACAAAGAGCUAAUGUAGCAAAGAGAAUUUAUGCCGAAAUAGUGAGAAUAUCAGGUCCUCACGUCGAUUGCGUGAUGAAGAACUCCGUUCAAUUUCCAACCUUCGAGGAACGGGUAAAACUCAUGGAAAAGACCUUAAAGGACUCUGGGCUUUCUCCAUUGGAUGUGACAUAUGUCGAAGCUGAUGGUAUUGCGAUCAAAGAAGCAGAUGCCGAUGAGGCAAAAGCUAUUGAUCUGGUCUAUAACCGUGGUAGAACAGCCCCUCUUCUCAUCGGUUCUGUCAAAUCGAACGUUGGCUAUACGUUAGCUUCCAACACUUUGCUCUCCGUUCUUAAGGUGGUCGUUGCAAUGGAAAAUGGUAAAGUACCCCCAAAUCUACAUUUCGAAAAACCUCCUGAGACUAUUGAAGCCUUCAAAACUGGACGGCUGCAAGUAGUUACCGAUCUCACACCUUGGGAUGGACAGUAUGCCGUCGUAAAUACCACAUCAUAUUCGGGUAAUUUUGUGCACUUAAUACUAAAAUCCCACGGUAAACGCAAGAAGAGAGGAGGCCAACCCGAAGAUGAUUUGCCACGAAUUUGCGUGAUUUCUGGUCGUACGGAAACAAUAGUAACAGAAACUCUACAGGAGUUGGAAAAGAAGCCAGUAGAUGUAGAAAUGCUUCAGCUUCUGUAUGACAUACAUCAUACAAGUCUAAUCAGUCACAUGUACCGAGGAUUUACGAUUCUGCCCCCACGUGGAAUUCCAGAGACACCGAAACGAAUUGUUGAAUAUUAUCCAGAAUCGCCACGCGAAGUUUGGUUCAUUUUUUCUGGAAUGGGUUCUCAGUGGGUUGCCAUGGGAGAAUCUCUCAUGAGGCUGCCCAUUUUUGUUGAGGCCGUAAAGAAAUGUGAUGCCGCUUUGAAACCGCAUGGCAUCGACAUUGUUAAGAUUCUGACUGAUAAAGAUCCAAACAUGUUCGACGAUAUCGUGAAUUCGUUCGUCGCAAUUGCUACUGUACAGGUUGGUUUAGUGGACCUGUUACGAUCACUUGACAUAAACCCGGACUUCAUCAUCGGACAUUCUGUCGGUGAGCUUGGCUGCGCGUAUGCCGAUGGUUGUUUUACUGCCGAACAAAUGAUACUAUCGGCAUUGUCUCGAGGUCUGGCAUCUAAAGAAUCACCAUUGAUUCACGGUUCAAUGGCAGCAGUCGGUCUGAGCUUCGAAGAUGUCAAACCCCUGUGUCCACCUGACAUUGAUGUGGCAUGUCACAAUGGAGUGAACAGCAGCACGAUCAGUGGCCCAGCUGAAUCUGUACAAAAAUUUGUUGCAGGGCUAAAGGAUAAGGGAAUAUUUGCGAAGGAAGUAGCUUGCAGUAAUAUCGCUUACCACAGCAGAUACAUCGCACCUGCAGGUGCUACUCUACUGAAAUACCUGAAAAAGGUGAUACCAAAACCACGUCAAAGAAGUUCCAAGUGGAUCAGCACGUCCGUUCAAUCUUCCGAACGGAAUACCGCGAAAGCUCAAUUUUCUUCUGCGGAAUACCACACCAAUAAUCUUCUUAAUCCAGUACUGUUUGCUGAAGUUAUAAAACAGAUACCUGCUAAUGCAAUUACAAUUGAAAUUGCACCGCAUGGUCUACUUCAACCAAUCCUUAGGAUGUCAUUGCCAAGUAAUUGUGUCAACGUGCCAUUGACUCAAAGAGGUCACAAAGACAAUAUCGAGGUCCUUCUACACGCUUUAGGCAAAAUGUAUAAUGCCGGGUUGCAACCCGAUUUCGCAAAAUUGUACCCUACGGUUGAGUAUCCUGUGAGUUGUGGUACUCAAUCGUUAUCUUCCCUUGUGAAAUGGGAUUAUUUAAAAGAUUGGUAUGUCGAAGUUCACACCGAACCGAAAGACUCUACAAAAGGCGAAAAGGUUUUCGAUAUAAACCUUGACGAUGAGAAUUUCUCUUUCCUCCGAAAUCGUGACAUCGACGGCAAUAUAAUUUUACCCGUUUCUGCACAUUUGAACUUAGUUUGGGAACUUAUGAAUAAACAACAGCAACAAAUUCCCGGAGAGGUAGUCAUUUUCGAAGAUCUACACGUCCACGAAUCUAAUGUCACCAUGCCAAGAAAUGGCAAAUUGAAGCUAACAGUAAUGAUUCAAAAAGGUAGUAAAAUGUUCGAAGUAUCCCGUGAGAAAAAUGUAAUAAUCAGAGGAUUCAUUCAGAAUACAACAUUAUCAGUUGCCGAGUACAAUAUCAGUGAUCAUAUCGGCAGACUUGAACAUAUUGAUUUCUCCGAGGAAGAUAUCUAUAGAGAAUUGGAAAUUCGAGGAUUUCACUACAAAAAGGAGUUCCGAAAUCUUCGAGGAUACUCUAAAAGAUCUUCUUAUGGACUAAUAUUGUGGCGCAAUAACUGGACAACAUUUUUAGAAGGCAUGAUACAAUUAUAUGUACUGGUCAAUGAUGCGAGAUGUAUCCAAUUACCGUCGUUUAUUAAAAAAAUUGUAAUUGAUUUAAAUAUCCAUAAAAAGGCUGUGACCCAAUCAGAAGAAAUUCCAGUUUUUGUCAAUAAACGAUGCAACAUUAUCUCAUGUGGUGGAGUGCAGAUCCACGGAUUGCGUCUUACUCCACUAAAUACGAUUUCUGAAUCAUAUAAAAAGAUAAUCAGUGAGGAAUAUCGAUUCCUUCCUAAUAACGACUUAUUUGUCACAACGAAGACAAAUGCGUUUCGUCACGCAAUUCAUCUGGUUGCAGAAAAUAUAUUAUCAAUUAAAACGAAUAUAGUGGAAUUGUUCGAAAAGGAUAAAAACAGUGAAACGCCGUUGUCACACGAGCUCUACAAUAUCCUUGGCGAAGUACAAAAUAUCAAUUUUAAUAUCGGGAUACUUAAUUGCGAUGUUUUACAGCCGAUACCUGCUGAAUUACCAAAAAAUGUAACACCGAUGAUCACCUCGCCUAUAUUAGAAGAUGCUUCUCUUUUAAUCAUUGGUAAUGUAUACAAGUACAGUAAGAAGGAGAAUCCAAGUAAUAUUCGAGCUGGUAAUUUCUUACUCACGCUCGUAUCGCUAAAGCAAGAAAACGAUGCCAUGAGGAUUGCGAAAUCAAUGGGUUUACUCCUGGUGCUAAAAAAAUGCCUUCCAUCCGAAUAUACAAUGCUACUGUUUCGAAAACGAGAAACAGUUGUAAGGUACAAAGUAGUAGAAGCAACUAGUCUUAGAAAUGAUACGGUUAAUCGAAUUGUAGAAUCGGUGAAAGAAGCGAAUGUCGAUCGUAUAAUCGUGGUUUCCAAGGAAAACAAUGAUAUCGGUAUCCUGAUUAACAAACUUAGACAACACACGUUACAAAAGAAACUUAGAUUCUUCGAUAUAAGAGACCCAGGACCUCUUAGCAUUUCGCUUGAAGACCCUAUCUAUAAGGAGCAAUUACAGUUAGAUUUAAUAUUUAACGUUUUAAAACCUAAAAAAUCGUGGGGUACGUACAGAAGUUUACCACUGACACGUCAAGACCGAAUAGCGUCCAGUUGGAUGUUACAUCAAGUACUUCCUAAAGAUAUGCAUACACUUGUUUGGACCGAAGGACCCUACCACAACGAAUAUGAAUCUAGAGGUCUAAUUACUGUGGAAUAUUGUACAAUCACAAGUUAUGACGUUUCCUUAGCUACGGGAGAGGUUCCUCCAGAAUCAAUGGACACAGAUCGCCAGAAGAGCCUCUUUGGAUUGGAAUACUCUGGAGUAGAUUCCAAAGGAAACCGUAUCAUGGGUAUCAAGUCUCAAUGUGCCCAGAACUUGAUACUUCCAGACCCUAAGUACUGUUGGCAAAUUCCGAAAGAAUGGUCUUUGGAAGAUGCUGCCACAGUCCCAUUUGCUUACAUAACGGCGUACUACAUCCUAAACAUAAAAUUAGGCAUUUGUUCAAAAGAACGAGUCCUCGUCAACGUCGGUAACAAAGCGCUUUCGGAGGCUCUGAUUAAUCUCCUUAUACGUGGAAAUCACGAAGUGUUUAUUACCUGUGAUAGCGAAGAAGAGGGUGAAUUUAUCCGUAAUAAUUAUCCAUCCAUUCGGGAUGAUCAUCUUUGUAUGUCCGACGAUUUUGCGGAUCAGGUAAAUUCUGUAACUGAUGGUGAAGGAGCUGACAUUAUCAUUUGCGAUGAUGAGAACAGGAACUCUCUUCCAUACGCAUUGACUUGCAAAUCAGAAGGGAGUCGUAUUGUCAUUAUUAUUGAUAAGGAAGAAAUAAGAUUCCAGUCUGUAGGUAUGGCUGCCUUCUUUGGACAGACAAGUGUAUUCUCAGUUAUUCCAAAGGAGCUCAUCGAUGUCUCGGUUAACAUAAAGGAAUCAUUAAACAUUUAUUUGAGCAGAGGCAUUAGAUCAGGAGUCGUAAAGCCGUUACGACGAAUUGUUUAUCCCCACGAAUUUGCAAAGGAAGCGUUUAAUAGUGCCCAGUCUAUGGAAAAUAAGAAGAUCCUGCUCAAAGUGCGACCGAAAAAGCCUUAUGCCGAUCGAGCUGUAGUAAUUCCUCGUUUUCAUUGUGACAAAACUAGUAGUUACCUUAUCAUGGAAGGUCAUAGUGUUUUCACAAUGGAAUUCAUCGAUUGGUUGGUAAUUCGUGGGGCUAGAAGAAUAAUUCUUACUUCCUCGAAGAAGUUAGAAAAUGGUUACCGGAAAGAUCGGUUUGAAACUUGGCGCAGCUACGGUGUAACCAUAAUUGUUCUCAGUGAUCUUGACUUAUCAGAAAGGCAAAACUGUAAGACCUUGAUAUAUAAAGCAACGGAAUUAGGCCCAUUAGUAGGCAUUUUCGAUCUUCGGCGAAUGCAAACGGACGAAUUGUUUGAUUUAAUCUUAAAAUCUACGAAAUUCCUCGAUGCGGAAACUCGAUUGUCUUGCCCACGUCUCAGGUAUUUUGUUAUUUGCUGCCAUUCCUUGUUGAGUACUGAGGAUUAUCGCACCGGGAGAUGGAUUAUUCCAGCUGAACAUGAAAAAGCGAUAAAACUGUGCGAGACAAGAUCAGAAGAGACACUCCCUGGUCUUCUUGUUCUUUGGAAUAGUGUAUAUGAUCCAGUUACCUUUGAAAAUAAUUUGUCAACCAAUUUUGACUUGGCAUCAGUUAGCAAAUUCUUUGCACAAUUUGAUUUUUUCUUGCACUCUUCGGCUCCUGCGGUUAUUUUCACCGAUUACACCGAAUCCGAAGCGAUUGAAGAUGUAUCAGAGCGCAAUAUCUCAGAUGUCACUGACGAGGCAGCUUUAUAUAAGGAGCAACUUUAUUCACAAUUGAGUGGAUUAAAACUUGAAGCGUUUGCAAAUCUACGUGAACAUGCUCUGACUGUAUCCUAAACGUUGUUUAGCUUUUUAUAAUGUAGACUUAGUAUAAUGGUAUGUAGAAACUAGAAUUUGUAGCACUUGUACAUGAUUAUGAAUGGGCCUACAUUAAUUAAAUCUCUGACAAAUCUGUGUUAUUAAUGCUAUCGUCGUAGAUGGAAAUGGUGAUAAGAUCAUCUAUAGGUGAAAUAUAUAAAAGUAACACUAAUAUCUAUCUGUACCUGAUAUGGUUUGACUUGUACUAUCGUUGUCGGGCAAUAAAAGACUACAAACUUUAUGUAUUGAAA